AUGGCGGACCCGAUCAGCAUCGUUGGCCUCGCAUUGACGGUCAUACAGAUUCUCCGUCCAGCAGUUCAACAGUUGAAGGAUGCGUACUCCAACGGAGGCAGCAUUCAUCAGACUCUUGAUGAACUCCGAGCCGACUCAGAGGCUGUUUGCGACCUGAUCGACAACAUACAUCGCGUUCUCAGCACCCCGAGCUUCGUCGCUGCGGUGGAAGAAGUGCAAGGCGCGUCGCAGGUCAACUUGCUAGAAUGUCUCCAACGAGCUCUUCAAAGCUGCGAGCGCGAGGCCCAAAGACUCAGCAAUUUCAUCUACGAUCUCGAUAUCUCAGGGGCUACGGGCCGCCUAAGGCAGGGCGUGCUUCAGUUCAAGCUUGAUAGACGCUCGGAUGACCUCCAACACAUCAAGCGCAACUUCCAGGAUCAUAAGAGCUCAAUUCAGUUGGCGUUUACGGUUGUCUCAACCUGCAAGCAAAUGCAGGUUGCUGAACGUGAUGCUCUCGAUGCCGCAAGCCUGAAAGCUCAAAUCAGCAGACUCGAGGUGGCCUUGGAGCAAAUCGGAAAAUUGCUAAACGAACGGCUAGCGGCGCCAGGUGACAAAGAGCAGACAGUGAUGCUGGAUGAAAUGCGAGAGCUCCAGCAUAGAUCUGCAAAGGUCCGACGCCGAGCCACAAUGCGACUCGACCAAAUUACGUCUAUACUCGAGGAGACGCAGAGCUCACGUCCUAUGGUUGACCGGACCCGCCUUCCUGUACCACCGCGGAGGACUGGCAAGGACCACCAAACACCGCCUGCAAGAUUUGGCCCGCCAAUUGACCAAAGCCCAGCCUCGAAGGUACCGUCGACUCCAACGACCCCAAGAGCGGAGAGACGCGUUGCAAGCAUGCCGGCCACCCCGACCCCAUCGGCAAUCCCGCGAGUAAACGCCUUGAGCCCGGAGACGAACAAGUCAGCCUCACCAGUGCUACCUGCCACCCGUCUUUCAGAAAUGACUACGACUAGUGUGCAGAUAGAUGCUGAAGACUUCGAGGAGAGAGUUUCGUCACUUUUAUCGACCGCGGCCACCCAGCGUAUGGGUACCGAGAAGCCAUACAACGACGAGACAAUUCUGGCGCUCGGCGAACUACUCGCAAUGCUUGGAAAGCAUGACUGGAGUGUACGGCCCAGGUUAUAUCUUGUUCUCCGCAUGAUCAAGGAAGUACGAGCGAUGAAUAUGCUCAUUGUCGAAGGGUUCAAGGACAUUCACUUCCCUUUCACUGAAGUCGACCUCAUUUCCAGUCUCAAAUCCGUUGCUUCCAGGCAAAACUUUCUUCGGGAACAACGGUUUGUGCUCAGCUCAAGAUCAGUCGAUCUGGUACAAGGAGGUCGUCAUCAUCACCUUGAUUCUUAUUUUGUCAUUAAGGAGCAGCUUGGGAAAGGCGGCUUCAGCAUUGUCCAUCGUGUCGAAAGCAGAAUUGAUUUGAUCGAAUACGCUUUAAAACGCAUCGAUCGAAGGAGCGGCACAUUUUCAAAGGACCGCAAGAAGCUGCUCUCAUUCGAGAACGAGGUCCAUAACCUCAAGCGACUGUCGCACCAUCAUCUGGUGAAGCUCCUAGGAUACAUUGGCAUCAUCAUGGAACCAGUAGCUGAUCUCGAUCUGCAACAAUAUCUGGCCCGGGAUGCGUGGACUACACAAGACUAUGUCGUCCUGCGGGGCUUCGUGGGAUGCUUGUGCUCCGCUCUGGUCUAUCUUCACGAUAACAAAUGCCGCCACAAAGAUCUCAAACCCUCCAAUAUCCUGAUCAAAGGCGAGCAAGUGUAUAUAGCGGACUUUGGACUCGCUUUAGACUGGACUGAGGCGCAACGAGAGACUACGAUGGGCCAACCCGAAGCUUAUACACCGGCAUACAUCGCACCCGAAGUUGGCAUGCUGCAACCCCGUAAUACCGCUUCAGAUGUAUGGUCCUUGGGAUGCAUUUAUCUGGAGAUCGCCACUGUUCUUACCAAGAGACAACUGCGAUCGAAGGCUGAAUUCUUCCAAACUACAGGGACACUGUCAACAAAUUAUUGGCAGAAUCCAGAAGCAAUCCAGAGUUGGAUAGCCGAGCUGUCGAUGGGAUCAACGACUGAUCAGCCCUUGUUACAAUGGACCAGUAACAUGACCGCCAGUGUUCCUAAACUCAGACUCACAGCUCAAGAUCUCCAAGCAAUGAUAACAAAGGAACAAGCCAGAGGAAACCAUUACAGCGGUCCAUGUUGUGCAAGUGAGGGUUUGUCGGGGGACGGAAGUGACACAACAUCUUGGGCAGGGUCGCAGUCAGAAGAUGAGAUCUUCCAGACGGCCGUGCUGAGUGAUGGCAUGUCGGAUGAACCUACCGUCAUCAACAACACUACGACGACAUCCAUCGGCAAUGACGUGACGCUCCAGGCACCUCCCCCAAGCAUCGAAAAGAUAGUAUAUACACCUCCCCAUGUACCGGAUUACCUCGGUCAUCAUUCCACGGGAGGUGUCCAUCAGUCGCACCCUAUAUGGCUCAACGUCGGGAACGAUGCAAAUGUACCAUUCUGCGCCACACCUGCAGCUGUGACCGAGGAUAGCUACCCAAGACUGACAAGGGCUAGUAUGGAAAAGACCAACGAUGUGGACAAAGCUCGCGCCGAUAUACCGGAGAUGCAAGCAACGAAACCGAAACACAUAGCCAGAGAUCGCACAGGCAAACGUACCGAUCAUGAGCACGAAGCGGCUCACUUGCGGUUCGUGCAUAUACCAAAGGCCGCCGAACCCACGAACGAAGAAGACUCUUCUACUGCCAUCAGUCUUGCGGAAGCGUUUGCAGCCGAUGACGGCGCAUUCGAAUAUCACUUGGCCCUUCUGAGGGAGAAGAAUCCAAACUGGAGAAAUGAAAUCACCGGUCUAAUCGCGACAGAAGCGCUUGACAAAUACGGGGCCAACGUUAUGCUUGUCGCCAGCAACUUCCGCGAUGACUCUCUCGCACGUGAUGUGAUUGAGCACGCCCUCUUUGUGGAGCCGCAGAUCAUCCAUCAACGCGAUGUAUUCAAUCACACCGCAUUGCAUUAUUCGGCGAACAGGAACAGAGCUGGUAUCACGAAGUACUUGAUCAAGAAAGGUGCCAAUGCGACAAUCACGAACUUUCGAGGCCAGACCGCUUUCCAUGUUGCAAUCCAUCGACGACGCUUAGCGACUUACCAAAUUUUGCUCCGCUACCUUGGCGCUGCCGAUAUCAAUACCAAGGACGAUUGUGGUGAAACUUCACUGCAUCUGGCCUGCUACCAUGACGCGCCUACUGAGUUCAUCAUGAGUAUGUUGGCGGCUGGUGCUGACGCUAAUGUCGAAGAUCUGUCUGGCAACACACCACUGACGAUCAGCGAAAAGAUUGGCAACUUGGAGAUAGCCGAUUUACUACGAGAGUAUGAAUCGGACGAGUCCGAACUUUUUCCGCCUCCGCCACCGCCACCAUAUCAGAGCACACUUUCUCUCGCUCGUCAACAGGAGCCCACUGGUUGCACGUGUGAUCUCUGUCGUUUGUUCCAGGCAGUCCGCAAAGUCGACGAUCUCGUCCCCGAUCUGGCGGAUUGCACGUGCACCUAUCAUUUGGUGCGCCUCUCACUCAAGACGUUGAGCGAUGUGGACUACAUCAUGUCAUGUCUGAGUUCGUGCAUGUGUCGGUCUUGUGAAGGGGAGCGUGCCCUGAAUGAGGAUCGAGAGCCGUGCAUUGACUUUCCAUCUUGCGACUGUGAAGAUUGUGUCGCUGAAAUCAGCCCACCGGGGCCGUUCACAAAUCCUCCUUCGCUACCCCACGGCGAUGAUUUCGCUGGCAUGCCGCUACCUGCGUAUCCAGAUCAUAGCUAUUACGACUAUAUCAUCGAUGAGUGGACCAUUGAGGACGAUACAGACCGAUCACCACAAGAUAUCACCGCACAGGCCUUGGCCUGUCUUGCCCAAGCCGGAUUCAAAGGAAAGAAGUCCUAUCGGAAUGAGCCGGAAAGGGCCCUUAAAUGGGUCAUCAGCAACAACGCCACUACACCUUAUGUCUACAAGAUUGUGGAAAUUCUGCUAGACUGCGGAGCAUCGGCCAAUACGACAGACAAGAGUGGAUGUACUGGCCUUCACAUAGCUGCUCGAACACAAGACGUUCGUCUAGCCAUGGUACUAAUUCAACGUGGCGCAUGGCUUGACGUGCCUCGUCAAGCGAUGUUCGCAGCUAAAGCGGAUUUCACCCCUCUCAGGUACGCGCUCUGGUUUGGAAACGCGCUAUCGCUUCGACAGCUCUUGUCAGUGGGCGCAAAUAUCAAUGACCAGUCCGUAUACGGCCGGAAUACACUACUCCACGAUGCAGUCACAAGCUUCGAUCUCCUAGGCUGGCAUAUACCGAUGCUGUUAGCGCAUGGGGCCGACACAGAACUGGCAAAUGAGGACGCAAACACACCACUCCAUCUAGCUAUCUCGCUGAAUCAGAUAUUCGCUGUCAUUGCGCUCCUAGAUGCGGGAGCCAACAUCGAAGCCAUCGGGAAAGCUGGCGCGAAACCGCUAGCUAUGGCGCUUGAAGGCGGCAACUACGGCAUCAUCACUCUUCUCCUUGAUCGCGGUGCAGACGUACACUCACGUGCUAACGGCAUGACAUGCGCGCUAUUCUACGCAGUUCAAAUGGGCUACGUCGAUAUAGUGAGCAAACUCCUUGAAGACUACGGAGCGAAAGAGGACAUGCAUCGCACUGAUCUCACAGGCCGCAGUAUUUUACACGUGCUUGUGUAUACACAUGUCGAUCACAUGCUCCAUAUACUCGACAGAUUGAUCGAAGAAGGCGCAAACGUCAAUGCAGAGGACUACUCUGGGUCGACGCCGCUACAUGAAGCUGCGAAGCUGGGGAGCACUGUAAUGGUCAGUGGGCUGCUGGAAUAUGGGGCUACGAUGAAUGUACAGGAUCGUCAGGGCAAGACCCCGUUGGAUCAUGCGCAGGCGAAGAAGCAUCGUGAAGUUGUGGAGUACUUGGGUGGGACAAUGAAGAAGAAGGGUUGGUUUCGCCGGAGUUAG